UAUACGCCGUUGGAAAAAUUUACGUGACAAAUACACAAGAAAAAGUAGGAUAAUGACCGCACUUAAUGAUAUGAUAACAUCACAAAUCUGGCUGAUGAUAUGGAUUCUUAGUCUUACGCAAAUUCGCAAAAAUUGCAAUUCAGCAAAAAAACGACCUCAACCUGACGUUGUGAUCGAAAUAAGUUCAGCUUUGGAGAUGUUUAAACAAAUAUAUAGUGAAAUAAAAACACGCCACCAAAAUCCUGCUGGGCAAGGUUUCGGUCAAAUGAUUGUUAAAACUAUAAGUAGUAUGAUUGAGCGGAAAAAAGCAUUGCCUACGCAAAAAGUUACUGCAAUAGUAGUGAACAUAAAAAUUGAGUAUUCGGACCACAAAGAAUAG